CUUAUUUCAAGGGAAAUUAACCCCAAAACCUCUCCACAAGGCCGUGGCCCUGAGCGUAUGCCCCAGGAAAAGCUAGGGAUGAGCACCUCCCUGAGCUACAAAUCAUUCUCCAAAGAGCAGCAAACCAUGGAUAACCUGGAGAAACAGCUCAUCUGCCCCAUCUGCCUGGAGAUGUUCACCAAGCCGGUGGUCAUCCUGCCCUGCCAGCACAACCUCUGUCGCAAGUGUGCCAGUGACAUCUUCCAGGCCUCCAACCCCUACCUGCCGACCCGGGGAGGUACAACUGUGGCGUCGGGAGGCCGCUUCCGCUGUCCCUCCUGCAGGCACGAGGUGGUCCUGGACCGACACGGUGUCUACGGGCUGCAGAGAAACCUGCUGGUGGAGAACAUCAUCGACAUCUACAAGCAGGAGUCCACAAGACCCGAAAGGAAGUGUGACCAGCCAAUGUGUGAAGAGCAUGAAGAUGAGAGAAUUAAUAUCUACUGUUUGAACUGUGAAAUGCCCACCUGCUCCUUGUGCAAAAUCUUUGGUGCCCACAAAGACUGUCAGGUUGCUCCUCUCACAAAUGUUUAUCAGCAACAGAAGUCUGAGCUGAGUGAUGGCAUUGCAGUCCUGGUGGGGAGCAAUGACAGGAUGCAAGGGAUUGUCACGCAGCUGGAGGAGACCUGCAAGACGGUUGAGGAAUGCUGCAGACGACAGAAAGAACAGUUGUGUGAAAAAUUUGAUUAUCUCUAUUCUGUACUGGAAGAAAGAAAAAAUGAGAUGACACAAAUAAUCACUAGAACCCAAGAGGAGAAACUGGAACACGUCCGCUCCCUGAUGAAGAAAUAUGCGGAUCACUUGGAAGCUGUGUCAAAACUGGUUGAAUCAGGAAUCCAGUUCAUGGAAGAACCAGAAAUGGCUGUGUUUUUGCAGAAUGCCAAAACAUUGCUACAAAAUCAAUGUUUUAGAAUUACUGAAGCUUCUAAAGGAUUUCAAAUGGAAAAAAUAGAGGAUGGGUAUGAAAAUAUGAACCAAUUCACAGUGAACCUCAGUAGAGAAGAAAAAAUAAUAAGAGAAAUUGAUUUUGACAGAGAGGAGGAGGAAGAGGAGGAGACAGAUGAUGGCGAAGGCUUGGAUGAAGUGCACACAGAAUCRUCAGGAGAGGAGGAAGAGGAAGAAGAGGGGGAAGAGGAAGGGGCGGAGAGAGCACCACAGCCCCUUCAGCAGGAUUCUGAAGCACAGAGUGCAGGGGGAGAGCCCCCGGCUGAACCCACUGCGGUGCCCGUGCUGGCUGCUCCAGCUGGUCAGGAUGUGGUUGUGACACCAAGUGGCUCUCAGCAGACCCCCGAGUCUGACACUCAAGUGCCGGCCACAGCAGGAGCCAUCGAUCCCUUGUUUUACCCUAGCUGGUAUAAAUCCCAGUCACGGCAACCAAGCAGCCCAAGCUCAACCCCGGUGAGUGGGCUGGGGAAAGUAGGGACUCCUGUUUCUCUGGAAACAAGUGCAAAGAAGGCAGAAGCCCCGACAGCAGCAGCAAUCGAGGAGAGUGCACCAGGGAGUGGUAAGGAAAGUAAUGCCACUGCAGCGACAUCCAAGACUGGUUCUGAACCAUACCCUCAAGGACGGGUGGAGGAAGCUCCCGUGAGCAGUGAGAGGGGUGACGAGCCGGCUCGUCAUGUCUUCUCCUUCUCCUGGUUGAACUCACUGAAUGAAUGAUGACUCACUCUGGCUGGCUUCUGGCGUGCCUCUCCUCGGAAGGACCGUGAGCACAGGCAGCCUGGCUGCAGUCGGCAAAGAAACUGGCCUGGAAAGGGAYAUCCGAGCAGRUUUCAUUCSUAGGAACUCAGCUGAUCUCCACAUYGUACCCUUGAGAUGACAGACCUGAGAGGGAGGGGAGCAUGGGGACAGAUUACURUAUGUAUUGUAGUCAGAAUGUUUUCCAAUAAUUUCUUGUUUCCAAGGGGAAAGAAGCAUCACUACAGCUUUAGGCUGAGCACUGCUAGUGUUUUGUAACUCACAUGAUGGCACRUCCCCAUAUAGGUGUAAACACUUCACCAAUGUUCUUAGCUAAAAUGCUGGUAUGAUAUUCACUGGUAGCAUCCUUCGCCAAAACAGUGUUUGUCCUCUGUAUCCUCCUGUGUCCCCGCUUGUCGAUGCUGGUGACUUCAGUGGCACUAUCAUGUCCUUGGCAGCCCCAMGUCAGGGUUGUGUCUAACAGUACUGGUGCCUCCCAGGCUGCGGAGGCUGAGCACGGGAGGGAAGAAGGAAGCUGCCACUUCUUCCUUUGCACUUGCUCUUCCUAYGAAACCUCAACAGAUGAUGCUCACAGAAACAUGUURUUUGUAAGGAAGAUUCCCAGGGGCAUGGAUGAGGAAGAUGCACWCACCAAAAGCACUGGCCACGACCCCCACACAGCUCUG